AAUUGACAUAAUUUUACUUUGUUGAUAUAUUUUCAAUAAUUGGGAAGUGGAAGGGAGUUGCAGAGAACUGGUAGUGAAGGAUGCAGAAAAAGAUGUGGGGCAAAGGUUGAGAAAGUGUGAUAGUUUUCGAAAUUCGGUGACAAUUGCAUAUCCAGAUGGGGAUAUUUAUUUCACACAGUAUUCGCAUGGUGGAGAAGGGUCAGCUUCUAUUUCUGGUGCUAGCGGGCAGAAGGAUGUUGCGGAAGACACUGGUGGUGGUGGAUGAGGGUUUACCUGGAGGAAAGAUGUUUCAUUUUUAAGCGAGUAUGGUGAUCCCUUGUGUGCCAUUUUAUCCGACCCUGUAACAGGAGCUCUCAUGGAUGAUGCGAUGAUAUUACCUUGUGGAUAUUCCUUUGGUGCUGUUGGAAUACAACAUGUUCUUAGAAUGAAAGUUUGCUACACUUGUUCGCAGUCAGUUUCGGAGGCAUCAGCGGCCCCAAAUCUUUCUCUCCGAGCGGCCGUGCUGGCAUUUAUUCGAGAAGAAGAGUUACAGUUCUACCGCACACCUAAAAGGAGGAAAGAGAGAUUUGACCAGGAUAAGAGUAACUAUGGUGAUCCACAUAUCAUGGAUCCUUCUAGGUAUAGAGGUGUUCAGUCUCCAUUUGCUGUGGCAGAUCGGGUUAUCAUUAAGACUGAUACAGGGGAACAAGAGGACGCCACCACGUUUCGUAGGACGAGAGGCUGUUAUAACUACACAAUGCUUGAACGGAUGGUAUGGGGUGAAGACAUUGGACAAUGCAGUGUGUGUUAAGUUGCAGUAUCGCUCACUUGCCAAAGUUGCAGAUAACACUUCCUCAAAACCAAUUUCUGGCAAGAUGGGACCAAACUGGUUGUAGACCUGCAAUUUAUAGAAUGAUUGAGGGCAAGUGAGUGAUACUUUGUUCCACGGCUGGUUCAAAAUUUAACCCAACUCAAA